AUGGACAUCGACGAAGGCUAUGAAGCUGACGACGAGUCCUCGAAACCAAGAUCAGGAGACACAACCACUGCCAUCUCAUCUCCUCCAGUCGAAAUCCAAGGUGUAUUCCACUUCAAAGUCCACCGGGAAUGCAGCACAAUGUCCGGAUCAUCCGGUGAGGUAAGCCAAUGGAUAAACGCCUCCUACUUUCUGUGGAAGAUGUGCGCUACAUUAGCAGACACCGCUGCCGAUCCCGAAUGGACAGAGGCAUUCGAACUAUGGCGAUCUACAUGGGACCAGAUCCAAGAAGAGUUACUAGUAUCUGAAGAUACUGGAGUUCCUGUAAAGAUUCCCCCCGCGCCAGUUAACCUUGCGUCGGUCCAACCGGGUAGUGUAAGCCUGAGGGGCAGUGAAAAAGAGGAUUGGGUAAUUGAGAUUGAACAGGAGGAUGAUGGUAUGCUAUAUGACAAUCAAGAUAUUUGGGCUCUUUGGAGACGUGUUGUUGAGUCGCCUGCGGGUCCUGCUGAUGCUUUUUGCGUUAUUCUUAAGGAGACUGCGAGAAUUUGUCCCCUGGCAUGA